AUGAGUUUCAUCCCCGAAGCCAUCACGCCGACGUCCGUCCUGUCAUGGCAGUCUGCAGCUACGCUCCUCGUCAUAUGGAUCACCUAUUGUCUAGGGCGCGCCAUCUACAAUGUGUCGCCUCUACACCCUCUCAGCAAGUUUCCUGGCCCCAAGCUGGCUGCCGCCUCGUAUGCUCCCGAGUGCUGGUACGAUUUCGUGAAGAAGGGGCGGUACACCUAUGAGAUUGUCAAGAUGCACCAAAUCUACGGACCCAUAGUCCGCAUAAACCCUGACGAGGUGCACUGCAAUGACGUCCGCUUCACCGACGAAGUCUACGCCAUCAACGGAAGAAAGAGAGACAAGCACAUCCACCACAUGAUCAACCUACCAGAUCCCGCAACCUUUGCUACCUUUGGCACCCUUGACCACGAUCUCCACCGCAGACGGCGAGCCGCCGUCGGCAAGUUCUUCUCCCGGCAGCAGAUGCUCAAGCUCGAGCCGCAAGUCUACGCAUCAGCGCAGAAACUAUGCGACAAGCUUCUUUCGUUUGCUGGUCCGGAUGGCGAGGUCGUGCCUUUGCAAGACGCCUAUAGCUGCUUUACGACGGACGUGAUUACCGAGUACUGCUUUGGCGAGUCGUUUGGGUUUCUUGAGCAGAAGGAGUGGACGCCUAAUUAUCGUUCGGCUGUUUAUGGGGCACUGGUUCAUACGUUCCUGUUCAAGUUCUUUCCGUGGACGAAGAUUAGAACGGCGAUUGAUAAACAAGCACCACAGACCGUCAUCCCAGCCCUCGUAGAGAAGGCUAGAGACCGCAAAGUUACAGGCACAGAUGCCAACGCUCGCCCUAACGUCUUCGCCGCCUUAUUCGACUUCGAUCUCCCACCCGAAGAAAAGACGGUUCCACGACUCACGUCCGAGGGUGCCAUCAUGAUAACCGCAGGAACGGAAACAACAAGCUACACGCUUACAAUGAUCAGCUUCCACCUCCUAUCGAACCCCGGAAUCUUGGAAAAGUUGACACGAGAACUUCAAGGGGCGGUCAAGGAUCCGAAGCACCUGCCAAACUGGCCCACGUUGGAAACACUGCCGUAUCUGAAUGCUGUUAUCUCUGAGGGUCUACGGCUGGCGCCGGGCGGGUCGAUGCGCACUGGCAGAGUCGCUACCGAGGAGGAUCUCGUCUAUCGCGGGGAAUGGAGGCCUGAAGAGUCAGAUGUCGAUAUGGAUGUGUGCCAUGUCAUACCCAGCGGAUGGGCGGUCAGUAUGAGCGCUAUCAUCUCACAUCUCGAUGAGAGGAUGUUUCCGAACGCCAAAGAGUUUAUACCAGAGCGGUGGAUCGAUGAGAACGGUCAGAGGAGAAGAGAGUUGGAAACUGGAUUCAUCCCGUUUUCCAAGGGAACUCGACAGUGUGUGGGAAUGCCACUCGCCUACUCUGAGUUAUACAUCGCCUUGACUUCUUUGGUGCUGAGGGUCUUUCCGCGCAUGCAAUUGUACGAUACCACUUUGCGCGAUGUUGAGUAUGAUCAUGACUUGGGCGUGCCGAUUCCCGCGACCGAGAAUGGCGUAAAGGUCAAGAUCGUCUGA